CAAUAUUUUAAUAUUGUACGUGAAAACGGUCAUUCGUGGUUUGCCGUAUGCGCCAGGGUUUGCAUACAAUAUUCAUUUUUAUUUUUUAUAAUAUAAUAACGCAUGUCAAAAUGAAGUGUUGCUUGAAAAACACGGUCUGGUUAAUGUUUUGUCAUCAUUUAAUAGCAAUAAAUUUAGCGAGUACCCAACCGAGUGAUUUUGCAGUAUCAUUUGGAAGAAGCCGAGCGUUAACACAGGCAUCAUCGUCUGUUACCUCUAACCGACACAGUUCCUAUACUCCACAAGUACAGUCUCAGGAUCAAGAUACCUCUGAUUCAUUGGGUUAUGGAAUAGGCCUAGAACUGGGACUAGGUACGCCUAUUCUUGAUACCAUUUUAGAACGUUUAUUGCGCCGCAAACAGCUAUUACUAAAUGCUGCAGCCUUAUAUCAAAACUGGAUACCACCAUCGGCUGGCGGAUUGUACUCCACAACGGCCGGUUUCUAUCCAAAUCCGGCCUUAUCACCUUAUCCGUAUGCUGGUGGAGGAGGUAUAUGGGGUAGACCACCCAUUUCACCAGCAGGUUAUCCUGGUUAUCCGUUUGGAAAUGGAUGGGGAACUUUCAACGGAUAUAAUCCGUUUUUAGAUUUGGACACAGACUUUACUUCGCUCAAAAACCGGAAUUAGAGAUGUUAAAAUUUUACAUGAAAUAAACCAAAACAGUAGAAGUAAACAGGCAUUUUAGUAAAGUUAUGAGCUGAGAAAAAUAGGUUUACAUGAUUACUUUUAGUUUAAAAAAAAAUGUGUACAAUUUAAAUCCCAUAAAAUGACUGUAUGAUUAAAUAUGUUAUUGAAAUUGUUCUAUAAUAAUUUGAAAUAUGAAAUUUCUUUAAACAUUCUUCUUUAAAUUCAAUUUUGUUUUUAUGAAAUUUUAAGUAAUAACAAUUUAAAAUAUUAUUCCAGAAAUAUAUGAUUAUUAACAGUUAAAUAGGGAAAAUAUCAACUAAUUGUAAAUCAUUUUAUUAUUUUAAAUUCUUUAACCACGUUUUCAUAAAACAAAAAU